UACUUGUUGAUUUUGAAAUAAGUUAUGUGUGCGGUUUUCGUCUUGUGCGAUUAUUUUUUAUUGUAAACAGUUGUAGGUUACGCGCGAUUUCAAUUUGAAUGUUAUUAAUCGGUCGACUUCGGGAUUACCCUUCGCGCAAUGUUGACAAGAGGAAAGAGGUUGCAGCAGCAACAGCAAGAGCAGCACCGGACCUGCCCUAGCCCAAUAAUUUGCAACAUUGCCAUUAAACAACCGGAAUUGAAGAAAAAUCAAUCGAAGAGACAGAAGAAGGGUCCGACGACAUCAUUUCCAAAGGGGUCCAAAACAGCCGGCAAAGUGGGGAAGGUAGCGUCAAAAAUCGUGAGGCUGGUGGUAGGAGAGGAUGAAGAAGAUACAAAGUCAAAGGUAAAAGCCCCUAAUCAAACUGCUUCUUCUGAUGGACCAGAGUACGUUGAUAUAAAUGACAUCAUGACUGAGGAUGAAGAUUUUGAUGGGAGACCAAACAUGCACUGCACUAACUACACUAGCUUUGACAUGGACUACCAUUAUCCCUCUAUUAUGGAAUACUAUUAUCCAUCUAAGAAGGAUUACCAUUAUCCCUCUAACAUUGGCUAUCAUUAUCCCUCUGAUGGCUCUUACCUCUCAAGUUACCUCAUUUCUCGCACCAAUUCUGAGGAAGUUUACAACCCAGUAUCAUAUUCUUUUCUUAAACCACGGCCAUUAUAUAGCAGAUACAGAAGAGAAUUUGGAAGACUUUCGAAUUAUUUUGAUGACUAUUAUAGAGCUCAAGUAGAGGCAUUCUAUAGAAAUGCAAAUAUUUCAAGACAAAAAAUGGGUACAUUUAAAAUGCAGAGAAAACCUCAACCAAAGAAAAUUAAAACUAAACAGAAGAUCAUCCAAACUUCAAGCACUCCAAAAAAGAUAACUGAUAUUGCAAAAUUGUUAAAAGAUGCAUCUGCAAAAAAAAUAGUAAAAAUCAAUACAACCCAAAUUGUUGACAGUACUGGUAAUUUACAAGCUGAGGAUUCAAUUAACAAUGAAGAUAAUUCUGAGGUAAACAACAAUGAAUCAAAUCAGGUUGGAAGUGGUCCAAUUACAGUGGAGGCUGAUGAUGAUGUAGUUGAUAUUACCAAUAAUGAUCAAGUCGUGGAGAUUAUCAAUGAGCCAGAAGUCAUUACUGAAGUUUUGGAGGAGGACAAGUUAGCACACAUAGAGAUUUUUGAGACUGCACCAUUAGAAGAAUAUGGCGUUCUCACUUAUUAUAUUUCGAGCGAUGAUUCAGACGAUGAUAUGUCGACGAAAUCUUGCAAAAUUGUUGGGACUUAUGAGAGAAACGUUGCUGUAAUUAAAAAUACUGAGAAAGAGGCAGAGGAAAGGUCAAUAAUAAUGAAAGAAAUAUCUGAAGUCAAGGGAAAAUCAAAUGAAAUUAAUGACGAAGAAAAGAACAAGAGUGAUAACGUUUCAACGGAAAAUUCGAGUCAGCAAACAAACAAUAAAAAUGAUAUGCAUGUAAGCGUGAAACCAAAAGAGAUAACAAAACCAAAGAUUACAAUUAUUGAAUUAAGUCCAAGUACUGUUGAGAGACUGAGUAUGGGUGAGUUAAAUAAACAAAGCGACGUUUUGUAUAUAUCGAGUGACGAGGAGAGUAAUGAGGACGUGAAACUUGACGAGGCUAAACAAGAACAGACAUGUCCUAUAAAUGCGCUCGGCGUGCAAACGCCACCAACAAUGGAAGGAUUAAAACCAUUGUUUAAUAACGCCGAAGUUUUUCAGGCAGACACCAAAGGCUUCCAGGCAAAAUUUAAAUUACCCGAACCGGCAUCAACUGUACAGAAUCUACAAGACGACCUAUCGUUAAUAUCAGACGAGGAGGACAGUGUUAUAUUAAUUGAGCCACCGAUUGCAGAUAUGGCAAGCCAGGCAUCGACGAGCAAUGCGACUAGAGAAAAUGCUAAUAACUCGAAAGCGGUAAACAAAAGGAAGAAGACAGACGACGAUGCAGGCACCAAGCAGAGAAAAAUUAACGAGUACGAGACUUCGUUGACCGAUUCGAAGAUCAUUGCAGACAAGUUUGACAUUGAUAGGAGGACAGCAGAAAAUAUUGUUAAGUUUUUCGAACAAGAUUAUACAAUUCCCUUUAUAGCAAGGUACAGGAAGUCUGACAUAGGCCACCUGGAGGCGAAUGUCUUGAGGGAGGUGAAGGAUACGUACGAUGAAGUCUUGGAAUUGCGUAAGAGGAAGACGACGGUUUUAAAGAAUCUAGUUAAAAGGAACGAUGAAGAUUUGAAGAAAGCAAUCAUGGAUUGCACGAACAUCGAUGAGCUCAAUUCAUUGUAUUUACCUUUUGCUUCAUCGCGCGUGAAUAAACUGAGCCAAGCUUUAGAGAACGGAUUGGAAACUGUGGCUAUGAACAUUCUUGAAAAUAAAAAGGAGGAGAAUCUGAUGAGUUGCGUGAGACCGAAUGUAGAGUCCAUCUCCGAUAUUAUUAAAGUUGAACAGGCCGUCGUUUUGAUAUUGGCCAAUCACAUAUGUUCAAGACCGGAGAUACUCAAGUUCAUCGAUUCAGAGAAGAGAUUGGACAAGUUCAUAGUUCAAAGCAAGAGGUCUAAAUCGCCACGCACCAAGGUUUAUCCGAACCUUCAGCACAUGAAAGAGGAAAGAAAAUACGAGUCGUAUUAUAAUUUCACCAUGAAAGCUUCGAAAAUUUUACCGCAUCAAAUACUAGCUUUGAACCGUGGUAAGGAUAAUAAGAUGCUUUCAGUUCUGUACACGCACGCCGACAGCUUUUUGGAUAAAUUCAUUGGAGUUUGCACUAAAAAAUGGUAUAUUGAUUGGUUCACCAAACGCGGGAAGCUGUUGAGACAAGCGAUUCAAUAUGCCUACGACAAAAUUGUAUGUCCCAUAAUACAAAAAUAUGUAAAGGCUACUCUCAAAAUGAAAGCGGAGAAAUGUUCCAUAAACGUUUUUUCGAACAAUUUGCGGCAGAUCUUGUUGAAAGCGCCGAUCAAGGGAAGACCGGUCCUUGGAAUUGAUCCGGGUUUCAAGAACGGCUGCAAAAUGGCGUUGAUCUCGCAGAGUGGUAGCAUUGUGGAGACGGCUAUUAUUUAUCCGCACGUGAUUGCGAGCAGAAGAAACAUGGAUGAUCUAACUUUGCAAUCGAUGUUACUUAAGUAUAGUUGCACUUUGGUUGCACUGGGGAACGGAAAAGGAUGCAAGGAGACGGAGAUGUGGUUGGCCCACUUAAUCCAAGCGAACUUCUUCGCACCUUUGGAGGUCAAGUACGCGAUCGUAAAUGAGAGUGGUUCAUCCAUUUACUCUUGCAGUCGAGAGGCUGCUGAGGAAUUUAAAAAAAUGGAUCCAUGCUUGAUUAGUGCAGUGCAUUUGGCGCGCCGUUUUCAAGAUCCUUUAUUGGAGUUGGUUAAGGUGGAUCCGAAACAUCUGGGCGUAGGGAUGUACCAGCACGAUUUGCCCGAAUCAAAAUUGCAAAAGGCUCUGGACACGGUCAUUUCUGAAUGCGUGAGCAACGUCGGAGUCGAUUUGAACACCGCUUCUCUCUAUUUGCUAAAGCACGUCUCUGGAUUGACAAGCGCUCGGGCUGCUAGUAUCAUAGCCUACAGAGAAGCAAACGGAUUGUUCAAAUCCCGCGAGCAUUUAAAAAAGGUACGUGGAAUUGGCGAAAAAACUUUCGUACAAUGCGCUGGAUUUCUGAAGAUUAUGGAGAGCGAUAUCAAAAACAAGCUUGAUUCGACCAUCAUCCAUCCGGAAUCGUAUGAUGUUACGAGGAACAUAUUACAAGAGCUGAAUCUGACGAUCAGUGAUAUCGGACAGAAAACGUUCAUUGCCAAAGCCAAAUCGUCGACGUACAGAUUGUGCGAGCGUUACCACGAAUUUGGUGUAUCUAAAGAAAGCAUGAAGCUGAUACUCGAAGCACUUUCAGAGCCUCUGGAUUACGAUUUCAGAGGGGAGUUCGAGAUAAAACCGUUGAUGCACAAAAUAGUUACCAGCAUGAAGCAGCUAAAAGUUGGUCAUAUAUUGGAAGGACGUGCAACGAAUCUGACAACCUUCGGGUGUUUCGUGCACGUGGGAUGCGAGAAGGAUGGUCUGAUCCCAUCCAAGGAAUUGGAAAACGUCGUCCUCGGGAUCGGGGAUAAGAUACAAGUUGAGGUUUUGUCCUUCGACGCAUUCGCAUUGAGAUUAAGUCUUAGAUAUUUAAAGCAUGUCUGAAAUAUCGAUCUAAACCAAAGGAACAAACUGAUAAUUGUACACAAGUAUUUUAUUUUAUUUAAUGUACUUCGAACUAUUUUUUUAUCUAUUUAUGAAAAAGAUCCAUUAAUUAGAUAAGAUUAGUCGUUGUUGAAAGUAAGGUUUUGUUAGCUUCGAAAUUUAUUAUUUCGCAGAAUUAGUAAUCCAAUGGAAAUAAGUGAAUGUUAGUUGCGUGUGUUCGAUUACAAAAUCGUCGUUAUAUAUUCAAUCAUCUCAAUGUCUUUUAGAAAAAAGAAAAAAAUAGUAAUAUUAUUCGGUGUCAAAGUAAAUGUCGUUCGUGUAUCUUUCCCUCAGUGUCGCAAAACAAAAAAGAAAUUGGAUUAACCAACUCAAAGCUUAAACUGACAAAAAAAAAAGAUAACUUAACUUUCAAAAAUGACUUCGUAUCUAUUUAAUGUCUAUGUUUUAAAAUGUAAUAAAUGUUUAUCCCCUAUAAA